AUGUUGCCUCGCGCACAGCCCCUACGACGACUACUUCACACCUCUACAUCCAAGUGCCGACUACCUGCGCAUCCUACGAAGCAUCGCAUCGCCCCACCUGCAGUCUCUAGCUCUACGUAUCUGGUCACACGCGCAUACAUACUACAUCAUAGUCGGCGGAGCACGGCGACAGCACCCCACAAGAAGAGCGGAAUCAACUUCUGGACUGUAGGAAUAGUCACUGCUAUUGCAACUGGCGGCGCACUACUCGUUCCCUUCGUACAAAGCUCUCCAAAACCGCAGACAGCAAAACGAUCCACCUCGGCUCAAUUCGAAAUCGCAGAUCUAACAGACUCGUACCUUGUCAUGGCGCCGAACACACCCGCUGGGAGGCCAGGGACUCUCACAGCCGAAGAGGACAAGAAGCUACGUGAGCUGUGGGGAAUUGUUAUGAAGGUCUUCGGUGUUGAAGUGGGGUCGGAAGCUACAAACGGCGCUGACGAGGUCCCAUCACCUACCACAAGCGAGGCAGCAGCAGACGGCAAGAAGGACAAGAAGAAGAGCAGGCUGAACGUAUUCAAGAGGAACAAGGGCGAGAAGAACGGAGACGAUAAGGCGUCGACUGCUUCUGGAGGCUCUGCUCCGUCAGACAUUAGCAGGUUGUCGAUAUCGGCUGAUGAUGACAAGUUUGGCCAGACCGCGGAAUUCAAGGCGGCAAUAGCCAAUAUUCCCCCGGAAGAGUUGCGAAGAACCUUCUGGAGCAUGGUGAAGCAUGACCACCCUGAUGCUCUGCUUCUUCGCUUCCUCCGCGCACGAAAAUGGGACGUUGAGAAAGCGCUUGUCAUGAUGAUUUCCACUAUGCAGUGGAGAUUGAAUGAGAUGCAUGUCGACGACGAUAUAAUGAAGAAUGGAGAGCUCGCCGCUCUACAGACCGCAAGUACUGAUGCUAAGACUAAGAAGAACGCCGACGAUUUCUUGACACAGUUGCGCAUGGGUAAGAGCUAUCUGCACGGAUUGGACAUUGAAGGGAGACCAAUGUGUUUUGUUCGUGCGAGGUUACACAAGGCCGGUGAGCAGACGGAAGAGAGUCUGGAAAGAUUCACCGUGUACACCAUCGAGACAGCACGCAUGCUGUUGAGGCCUCCCAUUGAUACAGCCACCAUCGUCUUCGACAUGACCGACUUUUCCAUGGCCAACAUGGACUACACACCGGUGAAAUUCAUGAUCAAGUGUUUCGAGGCGAACUACCCCGAAUCGCUUGGUACUGUCCUCGUCUACAGAGCGCCCUGGGUUUUCAACGCCGUCUGGAGCAUCGUCAAGGGCUGGCUCGACCCUGUCGUCGCCGGCAAAGUACAUUUCGCAAAGACCAUUGACGAACUAAGCAACUAUGUACCAAAGUCACAGAUCCCAAGUGAGUUGGGCGGAGAUGAGAAGUGGGAGUACAAGUACCCCGAGCCGGUGGCUGGUGAGAACGACAAGAUGGCCGACGAAAAGCCGAAACAGGAGUUGCAAAGCGAGAGACAACAGAUAGUCGGCAAGUACGAGACUACGGUGCUUGAGUGGGUACAUGCGGGUGAUGGCGCACCAGCGGAGGAGAAGAGGAAAGAGAGGGAUGCCAUUGCAGAGCAAUUGAGGCAGAACUACUGGAAGCUGGACCCGUAUGUUCGAGCACGCUCGCUGUACGACCGCAUGGGCGUCCUACAAGACGGAGGCAAGCUGGAAUUUUACGGCAAAGCACUUGAGCCCGCAGCUGCAUCCGCAAAAGCAACAGAAACGAGCGCCGAUGACCUUGACUAG